AUUAUAUCUCGUAACUUCUGCUUUUUCUAUUAGAUUUAAAAUGAAGACCAUUCUUAGUAACCAGACAGUUGACAUCCCUGAGAAAGUCAACGUUAUUCUGAAGGGGCGGACAGUUACUGUCAAAGGUCCCAGAGGAACUCUGAGAAGGGACUUCAACCACAUCAACGUGGAGCUUUCCCUCUUGGGGAAAAAACGCAAGAAGCUGCGUGUUGACAAAUGGUGGGGUAACAGAAAGGAGCUGGCAACUGUUCGCACAAUUUGCAGUCAUGUGCAAAACAUGAUCAAGGGGGUUACAUUGGGCUUUCGUUACAAGAUGAGGUCUGUGUAUGCUCACUUCCCCAUCAACGUGGUUAUACAGGAAAAUGGCUCACUGGUGGAGAUCCGUAACUUCCUUGGGGAGAAAUAUAUCCGACGAGUACGCAUGAGGCCAGGUGUUAAUUGUGCAGUGUCUCAAGCUCAAAAGGAUGAACUGAUCCUUGAAGGAAAUGACAUUGAAUUGGUAUCUAACUCUGCUGCCUUGAUCCAGCAGGCCACAACUGUCAAGAAUAAAGAUAUCAGAAAAUUCUUGGAUGGUAUCUAUGUCUCUGAGAAGGGAACAGUACAACAAGCAGAUGAAUAAAACUUGUUAAAUAGGUCCUGAAAUGGGAAACUGGGAACAUGACACAUCUUGCCUAUCCACAUUGGGAGUUGCCUGUUUGAACUGAACAGUUUGAGAUUGUUUUGAGAAAAAUAAAACCAUAAUCUUGCAAUA